AUGAACUCCAACAACAACCAAAACACCAUUGAACUCUCGGAAGCUGAUACUGACUAUCUUGACUACCGUCAGGAUUGCACCUUCUCGGAAGACACCCGCGAAGAAGAAAUGUUUGAUAUUCGCAGCAUGAUGAUGGAAGACCAACAGCGCAUCUUUCGUGACCUACCCGACGCCGAUUACACUCCCAUUGAGACAUCGAACGACAGUCAACGUAUUCCUCUCAGCCCUGCCUGGAGCCAAGAAUCCAUGGAAGAUCCAGAAGAGCUCAAGCCCAGCAUGGCAAUUGAUGCCAGCAAUGCUCCCUCGCAACAACAACAACUUUACUAUUUGAAUGGACCAUCAUCAAAUUUCGUGGCUCGAAUCUCUGACUUUGAUUUGAACUCGGGAACUAUUCAAAGGUUGAACUUUUAA